GCUAUUAGUCGUCAUCGACGGAAGCGCACCUGACUGAGCGGAAGUAGAAGAUCUCUGAGGCUAAGAAGGUGGAGACUGGAGAAGCUGUGAGGUUCUUUAGCGUCACCUCCCUCACUGGACAGCAUGGGGGAGAAGUCAGAGAACUGUAGGGUUCCAGAGGAUCUGUUCAAUGGUUUGAAGGUUACAGAUACUCAGGAAGCCGAGUGUGCUGGCCUUCCAGUUCCUGAUCCCAAAAGUCAGCAUUCCCAGAGUAAGCUGCUCAGGGAUGAUGAGGCGCAUCUCCAGGAGGACCAGGCAGAAGAGGAGUGUUUUCAUGAUUGCAGUGCCUCAUUUGAGGAGGAGCCAGGAGCGGACAAGAUAGAGAACAAAUCUAAUGAAGAUGUGAAUUCCUCUGAACUAGAUGAAGAAUACCUAAUAGAACUGGAAAAAAACAUGUCGGAUGAAGAGAAACAGAAAAGAAGAGAAGAGAGCACUAGACUAAAGGAGGAGGGAAAUGAACAGUUUAAGAAAGGAGAUUAUAUAGAAGCUGAAAGUUCUUACAGUCGAGCCCUUGAAAUGUGCCCAUGCUGCUUCCAAAAGGAGAGGUCGAUUCUGUUUUCAAAUAGAGCUGCAGCAAGGAUGAAACAGGACAAGAAAGAAAUGGCCAUCAAUGACUGCAGCAAAGCAAUUCAGUUAAACCCCAGCUAUAUCAGGGCAAUAUUGAGGAGAGCGGAGUUGUAUGAGAAGACGGACAAGCUAGAUGAAGCCCUGGAAGACUAUAAAUCUAUAUUAGAAAAAGAUCCAUCAGUACAUCAAGCAAGAGAGGCUUGUAUGAGAUUACCUAAGCAAAUUGAAGAACGUAAUGAAAGACUAAAAGAAGAGAUGUUAGGUAAAUUAAAAGAUCUUGGGAACUUGGUUCUCCGACCUUUUGGGCUCUCCACAGAAAAUUUCCAGAUCAAACAGGAUUCCUCUACCGGCUCGUACUCCAUCAAUUUCGUUCAAAAUCCAAAUAAUAACAGAUAACAAAGAUAACAAUAGCUUUACAAGCUGACUUGGAAUUGUGUGCUGCUUGCUGUUAGCAAGGGGAAAGGCCCUGCCAAUGUUUAACUUUUAAAAGCAUCUUAUCUAAAAGAAAGGCUAUCCAGUAGAGCCUAGUGCUCCCUUUUCCCUCUUUUAUGAUCAGGGUGAAAUGUACUUCCUGAUGUAAUGAACCUAAUUUGAUUUCCAUUUUAAGGUGGUGUCUGUGCAGCUGGUAUCCCGGUUCUGGCUGUCCUAUGUCCAGGAAGAAGCCCAUUUGUCGAGGCUGACCUUCCUUAUCCACACAGACACACAGCCCAGCAAAAGCCUCUCCUGAACCAAACAGACCUGUUGGUUGGGAGACUGCCCAGACAUGACUGAUGACGGGUUCCCGCCUGCCUGUCCCCUCCCUGAUCACACAGCUAACGAGGCUGCCUCCAGCAUUUCCUGAUUUCCUCUGUGGUAAUAAAAGCUUUCUGUGCUUA